CAAGGACGGCGAUGGCCCGCCCAGGUGCCGGCGUGGGGCGGGCCGCGGGGGCGCGGCCAAUUCGCGCAUGUCGCUGCGCCAGAAGGGCUGGGCGCAAGUGGGCGUGCCCCACGUGCACCCUCGAGAACGAGGCGAGCGCGGAGGAGUGCGCCGCCUGCGGGCACCCGCGGCCGCCGCCCGGCGCCCUGGCCAGCCAGACGUCCCACGCGCACGACGGCACCCCGUCCUGGACCGGCCCCGGGUACCAGCCGCUCCCCUCGUCGGACCACGAGGCGGCGACCUACCACAGCCAGAGCGGCCACAAGGGCAGGUGCGUCUCCUGCGGCUGCGUCUGCUGCCUGCUGUGGGCCGCCGUGGUGCUCCUGGCCUUCCUGCUGUUCGCGGGGGUCGCGGACGAGGCCGCCCAGGGCCACCCCGUGCUCGGAGGCUCCCCGAACAUGGUGAGGCUGGGCGUGGCGGAGCGGCAGUACACGGGCAACGCCACGGGCGCGCUGGGCUCCGCGGCGGCCCGGGCGGCGGGCUGGUGGGAGGAGACCGUGGCGGGCCUCUUUCCCGCGCUGCGCCUGCCCUGGGCGGCGACGGAGCCCCAGGCGCCGCCAGCGCCCGCCGUGCCCGAGGGCGCCCCGGCGGCGCCGCAGCUGCAGGGCGCCUUCGCCGUGCUGCACGAGGCCGCCGGCGCGGCGGCCUUCGCGGGCGACGAGGACGUGCGACGGCCUUCCGGUCCGCGAUCGCCAGGCGUGCGGGAGUCAGCGACGAGAACGUGGACGUGCGCCUGUCGGUGGCGCCUGGCAGCGGCAGGCGCCUGUCGUCGGGGCAGGCGCAGGUCCAGGUGGCCUACACCAUAGCCGGGCACUGCCUCCCAGCGGUGCAGUCGCCGCCCCACUACUGCGACCAGAAGACGGAUCUCAUCCGGGAGUCGCUGCAGCAAGCGUCCGCGCAGGAUCUCGUCGACGAGUUCGUGUCGCAGCUCAGAGCGAUCAGCCCAUUGAAGGCUGCAGCGCACCGUGUCGAAGCAGUCGAGCCGCCCGCCCAGCCGGUUGUUUCCGUGGUCCCUUCGCUGGGAGCUGGCGCAGCGACCUCACCCACCGACAGCGCACAGCGCACCACAGCACCGACACCGACACCGCCACCUGACGCGCUGGGAGCUGGCGCGGCCACCCCACACACUCAACAGCACACGAGCGUUGGCCACGGAUCGCCAGGGCCACCAUCUGACAGCAAACCGCUGUACGAUUGUGUAGGCUCUCGCACGAACCUUCCCGCAGACUGGACGCCUGCACAGACAGCUUUCUGUCAUGGGCCAACAUCCUCUUCACCUCACGUCGCUGCGUCUUCGGAAGAACCCCUGGCGGUGACAACUACAAUAUCUUUGCCUGCGACGACAAUGACAAUCACAGGCUCGACGGAACUUGACUGCACUUCAGGCAGUGCUAAGUCGGAGCAAGGGUGGUCUUCAAAAAAGAAAGCUUUGUGCUGCAGGCACGCAGGCGUUGGGUGCGUUGUGGACUCAGCGGGAUCGUCGUCGUCAACAGUGACAACGACUAUAGCUUCUAGCACCAUCUCCUUGCCUUUUGAUUGCAAUGCUGGCAGAGCCAGGUCGGAACGGGGGUGGUCAGUUGAAAAGAAGGCUUGGUGCUGCAAGCACACGUCAUAUGGCUGUGCCGACCACAGGUCGACUACAACCACCUCAGAGCGCAUGUCAACAAACACAUCUCUUACAACAGUGGCAAUGAUGGCAGACACCACCACAGACAAUGCGUACGCCUCUUUCGACUGCGACGCCGGCAGAAGCAAAGUGGGAACAGGGCUGGUCGGCGGAGAAGAAGGCGUGGUGCUGCAAGCACGCGAGCUUCGGCUGUGGUGUUCAGUCAAACGGAGCAGGAACAGCGAUUCCGCCAACAGCAGCAGCAACGACAACGGCUACAGCAACGACAGCAUCUUCCUCUGUACCCUUCGACUGCGACGCCGGCAGAGCAAAGUGGGAACAGGGCUGGUCGGCGGAGAAGAAGGCGUGGUGCUGCAAGCACGCGAGCUUCGGCUGUGGUGUUCAGUCAAACGGAGCAGGAACAGCGAUUCCGCCAACAGCAGCAGCAACGACAACGGCUACAGCAACGACAGCAUCUUCCUCUGUACCCUUCGACUGCGACGCCGGCAGAGCAAAGUGGGAACAGGGCUGGUCGGCGGAGAAGAAGGCGUGGUGCUGCAAUCACAGAGACUUCGGGUGCCUCGUGCGCCUCGUAACAGCAACGUCCACUAUCACAACAACGAAGCCAUACGCGAAAUCAGCACCUUUCGACUGCGACGCUGGAAGGGCAAAGUGGGAACAGGGGUGGUCGGGGAGAAAGCAAGCGUGGUGCUGCCAGCACGUGGGCGUCGGCUGUGGCGUUGCCAUAACUUCGGAGACAAACGCAACGGAAACAGCGAUAUCGCCUACGGCAACAACAUCAGCAUCCACGGUAACCGCGUCCACGUCUGCGAGUAUCCGGCCACCACGAGCAAGGUGAGCGCCGCAGGACUCGCCCGGUACGACUGCUCGGCCGAGCUGUGGAACUGGGCCCAGGAGUGGUCGCCCAAGAAGCAGGCGUGGUGCUGCCGCCACGAGGGCCGGGGCUGCGCCACGACCGCCGCCUUCGACUGCGCGGCGGGCUACUCGGAGCGGGCCAGGGCGUGGUCGGAGAGCCAGAGGGACUGGUGCUGCCGCCACGAGGGCAGGGGCUGUGCUGCCGCGGUGGACUCCCCUCAGUACGAUUGCGGCGAGACCAGCGACGUGCUGCGCUGGUCGGCUGGCCAGAGCGCCUGGUGCUGCCUUGACCAGGGCGUUGGCUGUCCUGGGGAAGCCCAGCUGAAGGGCGGCGCCCAGCCGUACGACUGCGACUCGGGCUACUCGCAGUUCCUCGAGGGCCUCGUCCACUGGUCCGAGGGCAGGA